UUGACUGGAUGGGCCCGGCGUCUGUUCCGCCGGAUCGAACUGGGCGAGGGUUGGUUCUGGACCCAUUACCUCGGGUCGGUCCGGCGUGGGUUACCUGGGUUGGAUGGAUGUCCGGACCGGAUUGCAGUAGGCAGUGAUUAGAACCGUGUGUGUUACUCGAACUCGGGUCUGCUCGGUGACUGUUACUCCGAGUAGAACUAGACUGCACAGGACUGGAGCUGGCCGGGCGUGUACUAACCCGGGUUGACUCGGGUCGACUGAGUGUAGUUUGGCACCUGUAACUAGGGUGGGCUCAGUGUAUCUUUUGCCAAGGCUGGGUUGGAUGGGUUCACCUCGGUGUGCGUUAACCAAGACUGAACUAGGCUUGGUUGGAACUGCUUAUGCUACUCAGACUAAGGUGGUUUGGGUUACCCGGACGGGGUUGUAUUAGACCGACUCGUUUCGGUCCCUGUUAUCCCCUGGGCUGAACUAUAUUGGACUGGAUUUGAUUGGUUAUGCUUUUUCUCGGACUUGGGCCGAGCCAGGGUUUCCCAGGCUGUUCGGUACCCAUUAACCCGGACUAAGGUGAGAUCGGUGUGUGUUAACCUGGGCUGGGUUGGACAGGACCAACUCGGCUCUGUGCUCGUCAGCCUUGGCUGAACUAGACGGCACUGGGCUGAGAACUUGGUAUGAGCUGUUCGGACUAGGGUGGGCUGGGGCUGCUUCGGGACCUGUUAUCCCGCCCGCAGUGGGACCCUUGGUGUGCCGGGUGUAGUCAGCGGCGGCCGGGCCGAGCUGGGCUUCGGGCAAUGGCCGGGCUGUGAGGGGCUGGUGUCCGCCCUGCAGCCGAGUGAAGAUGGCGGCGAUGAGGCUGCUGACGGGGGCCGGUCUGCUGUUGGCUCUGUGCGCUCUCGGCCUCCUCACAAUGGCCAUCUGCACAGACUACUGGUAUGAGACAGACGCGCGGAGGCAUCGCGACCGCUGCAAGAACUACGCCAACAAGAGGAAGGACCCGGGCUUCAUCUACAUCCCAAGCCAGAACCUGCCCCUGCGCCAGUCACCGCUGCACCGCUCCAAGAGGUUCUUCCUGGGAUCUGCCCCGGUGGACUCCCACUGCAGCCGCCAGUUCAACUCCACCGUGCUGGGCCUCUGGAGAAAAUGCCACCGCCAAGACUUCGACCAGGACACCGAGGAGCUCAUCUUCAAGGGGGUCGUACAGCGCUGUAUGCCAGUGAAAUACCAUUACUCCUCCUCAACUGUCCCACAGAAUCUCCCAAUCAAUUUAACCAUGAGCAUUCGACAGGAUGAGUGGCAUGCACUACAUCUGCGGCGGAUGACAGCGGGCUUUAUUGGUAUGGCGGUGUCCAUUAUCCUGUUUGGCUGGAUCAUUGGAAUCCUGGGCUGCUGCAAGGACCAUGACCUGAUGCAAUACGUAGCGGGCCUGUUGUUCCUCAUGGGAGGAACCUGCUGCAUCAUUUCUCUCUGCACCUGUGUGGCCGGCAUCAACUUCGAGCUCUCCCGCUUCCCUCGGCACAUGUACGGGCUGCCCGAGGAUAUCAGCCAUGGCUACGGCUGGUCCAUGUUCUGUGCGUGGGGCGGCCUGGGACUCACCCUGUUGGCGGGCUUCCUCUGCACCCUCGCUCCAUCCCUCAGCACGCCACACACCACCGUCCACAAAGCGCGGGUGGAGAGCAGCACCAUGUGACCAAACACUAUGUGGCCAAGGACUUGCUAUGAAGGACCGCCCAGUGUCAAUCGGCUUAACCAGCGAUCAGAGCUUGGUGGUGUGGUGAGAAAUGUUUAAACACUUUCACACUAAGCAGUUUUCUUGAAUGUAAUUUAGUAGAAUAACUUGUGAUAAAGAGCUUUCAUACAUUAAAAGCUUUAAGAAAACAUUUUUUUCACUAACACAUUGAAAAUCUCAUGUCCUGGGCUUUAUGGUAUAUGAAUUUGAUACUACUUUACACUGUUCCAGUCUCCCAGGAAUAAUAAACACCUCACUUGUUUAGAUGAUGCUGUCCUCUCCUACCCCACAAAUUAACCAAGGCAAACGGUGCUGAGGGGAGGGCAGUGGGACUGGUCAGUCCAAGGUAGUAUUUUGUAAGGUGACUAAUGUGCAUUGGUAUUUGUACAAAUAUUAAAACAUUUUUCCCACUGUACAGAUUUCUGCCGAUGUAAAUUGCAUCAUUGUCAAGCCCUUUGACUCAUUUUGGUUAGAUCUUUUACACAAUUUUAUAAUAAAACUCAUUAAAAUCCAAAUAAAACAAUCCAUAAACAGUUUGAAGCUGCCGCUUACUGUGCAACCUCUCGCUAUUCUCCACUUUACAAAGUAGGGCUCUCAAAGCUAAGUAUCGGGUGAAAGGAGCCUCAGUACUGGAAGGUAUCAGGUCAUGCCGGGCUGUAGUAGCUUAUGUAGCUGGUAAUCACAUCUGUGCUGUCAUAGGCUUGAGGAGUGAAAGAGCAGCGACUGCAGACUGAUCAGGAACAGGGUAAAUCAUAACCCAGUUCACUCCAUGUUAUCCAAGAGAAAUUGUUGACACCGCCUGCUGUUGUUUUAGUCCAACACAUCUUGCUCACACCCAAAGGCACAAACAAAUGUGUAGAUUUAGCAAAUGCAUUUGAUAAAGGAAAUGAAGCAUCAGUGGUCGAAUACCACCUUCCAUCUCUCCUUGUACCUUCUCGCUGGUUGAAAGCUCACGUUAUUUGCAAUGGUUAAAACAGCAGGGCCAAUAUAAAAGUGUUCACCUCAGUCGUCAGUACACAGCUGACACCUGUCACUGUGGACAAGGCUGCCUGUGAGCCCUGCAAUGCCCAACUAGUUACAGGUACCAAGGGCUCUUCGUCUGAAGGCAGCAAAGCUUCACAUGAGUGCAAUCAGGAGCAGGGUUCCAUCCAACUCCUGGGCCCUGAUUUUAAAGUCCUCCUCCAAUGACUAUCAGUGUUAAGAAUAGCACUUCCCAUGCAAUCAAACCGCAAAACCUGAUGUAGCAUGGCUGAUGCUGCAGGGACUGAAUCACUAAGAUGGCCUUAAAAAAAAACAGGAGGGCUAAAAGACAUGAAGUUACCCUAGCAGACAAGGUGAAGCAAAAUCCCAAAGGAUUCUACAGAAAUGUUAAGAACAAAAUGGUUGCAAGGGGAAAAUUUGGUCCUCUAGAAGAUCAGAAAGUUAAUCUGUGUGGAGCCAAAAGAAUUGAGCAAAGAUCUUAAAUAGAAAUUUGGCAUCUGUAUUUACUUGAGAGAUGGAUAGUCUACAGAAGCAAGUCAAACCAGCAGCAAGAUCAUGGACGCUAUACAAAUUACAGAGAUGUUGUUUGAUGUCUUCAGUCAAAUUAGGGCGGAUAAAUCCCCAGGGCCUUACAAGGGUUUCUCUCAGACUUUGUGGGAUGUAUUGCGAGUGCAGAACUUGGUAGAGAUACUUAACGAUAGGUGAAGUAACAGAGGACUGGAGGAUAGCUAAUGUUGUUCCCCUGUUUAAGAAAGGCUCUAAGAAAUAACCCAGGAAAUUAUAGGCCAGUGAGCCUGACAUCAGUAGUGGUAAAGUUAUUGAAAGGUAUUCUAAGGGCCCAGAUAUAUGAGUAUUUGGAUAGACUUGGAAUGAUUAGGGAUAACCUGCAUGGCUUUAUGCAUGGCAAGUCAUGUCUAACCAAUCUUUUUCAAGGAAGUUACCAGGAAAGUUGAUGAAGGCAAUGCAGUGGAUGUUGUCUACAUGGAGUUCGGCGAGGCAUUUGACAAGGUCCCACCUGGGAGCCUAAUAAGAAGGUUCAGUCGCUUGGCAUCCAAGAUGAUGUAGUAGAUUAGACUAGACAUUGGCUUUGUGACCUGAGAAUGGUUGUAGAUGGUUGCCUCUCGGACUACAGGCCUGUGACUAGUGGAGUGCUGCAGGGACCGGUGCUGAUUCCAUUGUUGUUUGUGAUCUAUAUUAACAAUCUGGAUGACAAUGUGGUUAACUGGAUCAGUAAAUUUACAGAUGACACCAAGAUUGGGGGUGUAGCGAACAGCGAGGAAGACCAGAGCUUACAGCGGGAUGUGGACCACUUAAUGCAGUCAAGUGUGAGGUUCUGCACUUUGGUAGGACCAACCAGGGUGGGUCUUACACAGUGAGGAGUGGGACACUGAGGAGUGCAGCAGAACAAAGGGAUCUGGGAAUACAAGUCGAUAAUUCAUUGAAAAUGGCAUCACAGAUAGAAAGGGUCAUAAAGAAAGCUUUUGGCACAUUGGCCUUAAUAAAUCAAAGUACUGAGUACAGGAGAUGGGAUGUUAUGUUGAAGCUGUAUAAAACAUUGGUGAGGCCGACUUUGGAGUAUUGUAUGCAGUUUUGGUCACCUACCGACAGGAAAGAUGUAAACAGGUUGAAAGAGUACAGAGAAAAUUUACAAGGGUGUUGCUCGGACUGGAGGACCUGAGUUAUAAGGAAAGAUUAAAUAGGUUAGGACUUUAGUCCUUGGAAUGAAGAAGAUUGAUGGGAGACAAUAGAGGUAUACAAAAUUAUGAGGGGUAUAGAUAGUGGAAAAAACCUGAGAUUGGGUGGGACUACAAUCAGAAGUCAUGGGUUAAGGGUGAAAGGUGAAAAGUUUAGGGGGAACCUCUUCACUCAGAGGGUCGCAUGUGUGGAAUAAGCUGGCCGUGUAAGUGGUGCACGCAAGCUCUGUUUCAACAUUUAAGACAAGUUUGGAUAGGUGCAUGGAUGGCAGGGUUAUGGUCUGGAUGCAGAUCAAUGGGAGUUUAAAUGUGUUGGCACGGACUGGAUGAGCAAAAGGGUCUGUUUCUGUGGCUCUAAGCAGGCCCAGCUGACUGUGUCGUGAGCAGUGGCAAUGCUUUGUGCUGGAUACUCUUGGGGAAUAGUUGGUAAUGGGCAAUAUAGGGGGCCUCAGAGAAUACAGGGAAUGGUAAUGUUAGUUUCUGAAGGGGACUCCAGGGAAUAGUGGAAAUGGUAAUGGGUUGGUAAUAGGCAACACUGGAUUCUGAUAGGGUUUGUGAUUGGGUAACAUUAGGUCUGAAGGCCAUAGGAAGCGUUUGAAAUGGGUAAAAUGUAAUUUGAGUGAGGGGAUGGAAUGGGCUUUAGUUUUCUGCGGGUGCCUGUUGAAGCCAACAGACCAAAUAAAGUCUGAUGGCUUCAGAAAGCACCAACUGAAAAUUCUAUCCAACUAAUUAUUUUUAAAGGAGUUGUGGAGCGGUUAGUGUUUGCCCUUGUAGUUGAGCCAACACCUCCAUGUAACAGGAAUUAAUGAGGCUACAGGAACAAAACAAAUCACACAAAUUACUCCUGGACACUGAAGGAUAAUAAUGCUUUCUGUACCCUACUUAUUUAUGUAUUCUGUGGUAGUCCAGCCCCAGCACCUUCCCCCCACCUUAGCAACAGAAAAAGCAUGUUCACUGAUCACACCUUGGAGAAAUGAAACAUAAUUUCUCAGCUGCUGAUCCAACUCCUCCUCCUACCUUGGUGCAGCAGAGAAAAUCACCACCACACCGCUGCCUCUUCUUCCUGCUCAUUCCACCUGCUGCGCUUUGUCAUGGUGUCACAUCAUUUCUUAACGGAAGCAUGCAGCCCUGGGAUGUGCAAGUCUGUGUACUGUAUUAAACUCCAGUGCAGUGCUACAUGUGUUUGGUUCAAUGUAAAAUAUUGUGAUGUCCAUUUGAGAUGUAUUGUUUAUAGCAAGAAAAAGUGAUUUUAUCAGGGAAGUGUUUGAAAUUGUAAUAUACACACUGUGCAUUCAGUUGGUCAAAAAUAAAAUUAAUUACAAGAUAGUGUUUUGUAGUAUUAUUCUGGUUAAAACUGUCACUGUGUAUGUUCAUUGAGCUGUGUGGGAGCUGGGUUCAGGGACUAUUGACCUUGGAUUCCAGUCACUGGUGGAUCCUUUUCUCCCUCCUGGCUGAGCUUCCUCCCAGGCUGUUACCAUAUCCACAAAACUUAAUUACCGCAGACUCAUGCGUCAAAACCUCUUCCACAGCCAAAGCACACCAAGGGCACAAGGAUCUCCUUCCUGGCAGCAAGCACCAUGACCCCAGCCAAACCUAACCACAAUCUAAGAGGUGAUUGAAGAUGAAAGGUGAAAGGUUGCACAGCAUGGAAACAGCCCUGAGCCAGCGGUGAUCCACCCAGUUACACAACCCUUACCUCAACUCUUUUUACCUUUUCUACAGUCCCAUCAACAUCCCCCCCGCGCCCAGAUUCUACCAAUCACUUACUCAGUAGGGUGUGUUAUUGUUGCCCCAGCACCCUGGAGAUACACAAACAACAACAGGGAGAGCAUGCACCAGAAAUCAAGACUGAGACAGUACUUCUACCAGCUGAAAGCACCGCCCCACCCCUUGGACAUGGGUUCAGCAGGCAUAGAGUCAGACUAAACCAUUAACAUUGGGAAGGAUACAGGGAGGUUUUGGAGGACCACAUUUUGUGCAGAGUUGUUUAACAUAAGCAGCCCAGCACCAGACUGUGCAGGAGCAUGGGGUAGGGCAGUGGGCAACUGCUCUGAAGAUGGGAGUAUUGGAUUGCAUGUGGGACACCAGUUGGCCAGGGCAACAUCAACACCCCUAUUAGAACAGCUGCACAAUCCAAAUGAUGGAUGGACAAGCUACCACAGGUAUUCUAGAGAUGGUGAGAAGAAGCAGACUUUAAAGACAAGAUCAAAGAAUUAGUCCCCCGCUGAGUCAAGAGUCUGAGCCUAAGCAAACAACACACCUCCUAGGUGUUAUAGUAUUUGGUCCAGUCUUAGGCUGGGAAUAUGGGCAGGUAUCUUGCUCCCAGAUUCCACACCCAUAUCAUCAUCCAAAAUUGCAGCAAGUCUACAGUGAGAUCAGUGCCACUUAGUGAGAGCCAGGGAAUGUGUUCCUGUUAUGUGUGAACACUAUCCACAACUGAAAGCAUUCCUGUUAAGUCUGACCACACACUCUGCUUUGUAACAUCACAUCAUGUUCACUCUGAUGCUCCUGUUGAGACACAGCUCUAAAAUGGUAAACCUUACAGCUCAGACUGAUGUUCAACCCAUCAUAUCCUAACACUUUCUUGUUGUCUAAUUUUAUUUUGAUUUAGAGAUACACCACAGUAAUAGGACCUUCCACCAGAACAAGCCUGUGCCACCCAAUUAACCUACUAACCAUGUCUUGGAAAUGUGGGACAAACCAGCGCACCCAAAGGAAACCCAUGUGGUCAGAAGGAGCACAUACAAACUCUUUACCGGCUGCAACAGGAAAUUAAUCCAGGUUGUUGCAGCUUAGUAGCUCCACACUACCAUACCACCCCAGCUUACUCUCAGCCUGGCAUUUUCCCCUCGAAGUUCCGCAAACUAGUGUUUUACCAGUGAGCUGGACAGAAGCUGGCAUCCAUGGAUCCCUGAAAAGCAUGCUGCUCCCCCCCCAGCAACACCACCACUCAAUCCUCAAACCACCAGAUGUUAUCGACGGGCACAGAAUAAUACAAUGCAGCCACAAAUACAGCAGAAAUAAAAUCUAAGCAGCAGGCACAAAAGAAAACACAGUCCAUCUAAAAGUGGAAGUAGCAAUUUGUGUCGACAGAUUGUGGAAAGAGGUGAAAGGACAGUAAUAAUCCAGGGGUGGGGGGGAAAAAAAAAGGAGAAACUAAAUAUCCCAAAACAAACUGGCCAGAAGAGACAGGUAUAGGAGCUGCAUUCCAUUGUGUACUGUGAGGAUUCACUACUCUAAUAACACAAAAAAUGGAUUUGUCCUGGAACAUCUCGGCAACAGUAAUUAUGUCUUACUAUAAUGAUUAAUGAAAGCAGAAGACAAAGUCAAAGUUGGUAGAUUUAAGAGCUGAUCACAAGGGGCUGAGAAAUGACCCAGAAAAUCAAACACCAGGUGGCAAGCAAUGACACACAACAGCAAAAGGGAAAUACUUAAAACAUGGUCCUAGGUCAAAGUACAAACAAGGGUAACCUAACAUGAUGGAUCUACAGAAAUGUAACAAAUCACAGGACAAGUACAGGAAUUACAAUGCCUUGAAAAAGUAUUCAGCCCCCACAACUACUUUCACUUUUUACAGCCUAAAUUUUACAGCCAUUUUCUAAAUCUUAAAUAUAUUGAAGUAGGAGUUUUGGGUUAAUCUACAAAACAUUGUGCAUCAUGUCAAAUCAAAAGAAAAAUUCCAAAACCUGUCAAAACCAUAAGACGUAAGAUCAGAAAUAGGCCCUUCAGCCUAUCAAGUCUGCUCUGCCAUUCCAUUAAUGGCUGAUCCUGAAUCCCACUCAACCACAUACACCUGCCUUCUCCUCAAAUCCUCUGAUGCCCUGUCAACAAUUCACAAAAAAAUUAAAAACUGAAAUUGUGAGGCUGAAAAAGUAUUCAACUCCCUAUGCCUUUCUCAAAUGCAAUACCAAGUCACCCAAUUUGCUGAUGUAGAGAAUUGGAGGAUCACCUGUUUUCAAUGAAUUCAUAAGAAUAAAUAACCCUACUCUCGAAGGUCCAACAGUAUGGUACAUUUUCAACAGACCAAACCAAAAUGAAGACAAAAGAGAGUUCAAGAUAAGCCCAGGAAGUGAUAAUAGAGAAGCAUAAACCUAGGGAAGGGUACAAGACUGUCAGAACAAACAUGGAGUGGCUUCAAAUGAAGAAAAUUGAUGUCCUCAAGUGGCCCAGUCAGAGUCUUGACCUUAACCCAACUGAACAUCUCUAACAAGACCUUAAGAUUGCUGUCCACUACCACUCCCCAACUAAACUGCCACAGCUUCAGCAAGUUUUGGAAAGAGCAAUGGGCAAAUAUUUCUCCAUCACAUUGUGCAAAGCUAAUAGAGACUUAUCCAAAAAGAUUACUGGAUGUAAUAGCUGCCAGAGGUGGUUCAACUAAGUACUGAGAAAAAGGGGAUGAAUACUUUUGAACUGCUGACAUUUCAAUUUUUCAAUUUUUAGUUAUUCAUGCUUUACAAUUUUCUGUUUUUUGAACUCUGGUGAGAAAAAAUAAGACGUGUGUGAUUCACAAAUAUAAAUUUUCAGUUAAAAUGAUACUCAUUUUAAGGGUUGGGGGCUGAAUAUCUUUACAAGGCACUGUAUAAAGACCAUUUAAAAAUCAUUUAGUACAAAGGAUUUAUGAAAUUAAGUAAUGAUCAAGUAAUGAAAACAAAACCAAAACUGCAAAAUAAACACAAACAACAGGAAUUCUGCAGAUGCUGGAAAUUCAAGCAACAUACAUCAAAGUUGCUGGUGAACGCAGCAGGCCAAGCAGCAUCUAUAGGAAGAGGCGCAGUCGACGUUUCAGGCCGAGACCCUUCGUCAGGACUUAUACCACAUAUACCACAGGAAGGUUGGGGUGUGAAAGGGGACAAAGAACACCAGGGAUAAAAAUCAAUGAAGAAAGAAAUUAGAAAUUUACAUCAAGGUCUCUCAGCCCAUCUUUGCUCAUGUUGAUCAAUAAAGGACUUUUGAGUCCAGAAGCAUUUAACAUCAAAUUGUGUUGCUAUUUAGUAUGGAGAGACCAGUGGACAUGACACCAGAAAAUGAAAUUAUAAGUCAUAACUGCUUUUAAAAUAUAGAAAUACUAAAUAAUCAAACACAGGAAAUAGACGUACACCUGCAUAUUAAUAAAAUCUUAAGUAAUCGAAGCACAAUCACACAUUUGAUAAUCUGUUACGUAAAGGAGUUUGUCAAAGAAUUGUAGAUAGCUAUAUUUAAAAGCAGGAGAUAGAAAAAUAUCCAACAAACUAGAGCCAUCCACUUAAUAACAGCAGUAAUAGAAAGAAAACACAAUAAAUAAAAAAUAAAAUCUUGCUCACAGACCUGUAAACUUCUUGGAGAUAGUGUGGUAAUUGUAUUGUGUAACUUAUGUGAAUUUCCAAAGGUCUCCCACAAGAUGUCACACAACAGACAUCUGAAUAAUAUCAGAGUAUGGAGUUAGGGGAUCAGAAGAGCCAGCUGGCUGCAAGACAGAGCAGAAGAGCAAAAAGGCAGCUGGCAGAAUGCACUGGUUUUUAACAGUAUAUAGUAUUCAAGCUUUUAGAAUGAAACCAUAAUUUCUACAUACAUGAUCUUUACCAUCUGCAGCAAAUUGAAAAACCUCAAUACAUUAGUACAGUGAACAUGGAAUUGAUUCCACGUACUGACUUCUGGUCAUAAAAUGAAAUCAAUGCUAACGGAAAAUAAAAGCCUAAAUGGGAUAAAGGAGAAAGUGUGGGUGCAAAUAACACCAGUAAAAUAACACGACUGGUAGUGCAGGGGCUGGAAAUGAGAGAGUAAACUACGUCUGGACUACUUGGUGAUUGGUUACAAUGUUUGUCAAAAAUCAUUUUUAAAAAUAGUGGCAUAGCAGACUACCAGAAGAACAUUUCCAAUCAAGCCAGAAAUAUAAGGUUAGACCUCUCACAUCCCAAAUGAACAGAGGUGUAGCCACAGAGAGACUUAAAAGAUUACAUAUGAUUCUGACAUUUCAUGGGGGCGGUGCGGGAGAGCAAAACCAAAGGCCAUCAGUUUGAGUUGGUCACUGAUUUAUCAGAUUUGAUCAUGCAGAUGAAAUAUUUGUGGAGACAAUGUGAAACUCAUUACAAGAGGAGGUGGUUGAGACAAGCUGUAAUUAAGGAGAAGCUAGUAAGUAAAAAGACAAAUUUA